GAGUCCUGCCAGCACAUUCAAGGAGCUGCAAAACUUCACAUCUGUUGGAAAGAAACACGCUAGACUUACUCUCUAAAGCCAUUCAUUAACUAAGUGGAGUGAGAGAGAAAAAAAACGAAAGAAGCAAAAGUUUAAUCUGCAGAUUAGACUGAAAGCUACGUUUUGUAAAAGGGCGCCUGCCGAUUUAAAGUUUUGCACAAAAGUACCAGGAGUACAAACUUUGGGAAAACAUUCGCACUUUUUUGUCUUGGUAGAAUUUUCUGCUGAUUGCAACGCUAAUUGUGUCCAUUCAGCAGUUUGUAAACGGGACCGCAGUCAUUAAACAAAGUUAAAAAGAAAACUCGGGGUAGUUUUUUUCCGGAUUAGGAAAAGUGCUCAUUCCUGACAUGCAGAGUUACAAAUAUGACAAGGCGAUGGUUCCUGAGAACAGAAAUGGUGGGAAUCCAACGUUAAACAGCCAGGGGGACAAAAGUAAGAAGGUGCUGCUCAUCUGCCUGGACUUCGUGUGCCUCAUUGUAGCUGCUCUGCCAUUUAUGAUUAUUGAAGGUGGUGCAAUCCAGCCGUACGAACAAGGCUUUUAUUGCAAUGAUGAAAGCAUCAAUUACCCGUACAAAAAUGGAGACACCAUUAGCGAUGCUGUGCUCUCUGCUGUUGGCAUCCUCAUUGCUAUUCUAGCAAUAACUUUGGGAGAAUGCUAUAGAAUCCACUACUUAAAAGAGAGGCCAAAAUCUUUUAUCCAGAAUUCUUAUGUAGCAGCUCUUUAUAGGCAAGCUGGUUGCUUUAUUUUUGGCUGUGCUAUAAGCCAGUCAUUUACAGACAUUGCCAAAGUCUCCAUUGGAAGACUGCGACCCCACUUUUUGAAUGUUUGCAAGCCAAAAUUUUCUAACGAGAGCUGCUCACAUGGCUACGUAACAAACUAUACGUGUACAGGACCAGUACAUAAAGUGCAAGAGGCAAGAAAAUCUUUCUUUUCGGGUCAUGCAUCAUUUUCCAUGUAUGCCAUGUUAUACUUAGUGUUCUAUCUGCAAGCAAGAUUCACAUGGAAAGGAGCCAGGUUGCUUCGUCCUCUUCUACAGUUCACUCUUAUUAUGCUGGCAUUUUACACUGGACUGUCUCGAGUGUCUGACCAUAAGCACCACCCUACAGAUGUAUUGGCUGGCUUUGCACAAGGAGCACUGGUUGCAUACUGCAUAGCCUUUUAUGUGUCAGACCUCUUCAGACCUAAAGUGGUUAUUUCAGUUCCAUCUCCACCUUCAAUAAAGAAGGAAAUUCUUCCACCUGUGGACAUAAUUGAUCGGAAUAACCAUCACAAUAUGGUGUAGAACUUACCAUUGCAACAUCUGUGGACAGAAAUAUGACUGCUGACAGCAAUAAUCUGCUGAUUUCAAAUCUCAUCAGACAGUAGAAUGUAGGGAUGGAGAUGUUACACACAUGGAUUGAGAGUUGUAUCAUAUACCAUCUCUUCCAGCUAUGAAGAUCUGAAGUGGUCCAACAUGGGACAUUUAGACUGCAAAAAUGUCUGACAUGAAUGUUUAUUAAACAAGACCGCCAACGGAUAUAUACCUAUACUUGUGUGCUGGAGAUGGCAUUCAGGCUGUGCAGCUGGUCACAUGUUUAUCCUAUGAUAGACACUAAAACAUUUUACACGGUAGCUAUCUUGAUGUUGGUAUAAAAGACUGUUCAAUAUUUUAGAUAGCGAAAGCCAAAAAGGAGCACUAGAAAACUACAAAUAGCACUAUGUCUGAGUUUGUCCACUAACAUCUAAAAGUAAAUGUUUUAUAAUCAUACUGCUUGUUAACGUAACAAGAAGUACAUUAAAACAGAACUGCAUGCCAGGUUUAUUACAAGAAACUGGUAGGAUUUAAGCAAAACGGUGUGAUUGCACAUCACAUUUACAACCUAUCCAGUGACGUAAGAUAUGAAUUAAUGUACAAUAUGGUUGUUGGUAAAUAUAACAUAGGAAAGGUUUAUUAAACAGUAGAACAGCUGUGCAUCAUGAUUUGUGACUAAUUUGUCAAAAAUUUAAUAUUUUAUAUGUAACUGAGCCAGCAUUUUAGCACAAUGAAUGUUUGCAAAUGGUUUAUGUUUGCAUUAUAAAAUGACACUAAAUCAUUGACAGCCAGGUUGUUCGGCUGUUUUUCAGAUACUCUACAGACACAAUUUUCAUUGGCAUUUCGUACAUGUUUGAAUGGAUUGCUGAAGCAAAAACUUUAUAGUUAUUUAUUAACACCUUCACUAAGAUAAUAGAUUCAGGCCUGUCAUCCUGAAUUUUAAAUUGCCUUUCACAUUUGUUAAUAAUGUCUAUAUAAAUACUGAUGUUUUCAGACAUUCACACAAAUUACAAGUAUUUUAAAUUCAAUAAUAUCAACACUGAAAAUUCAUACUAUGACUAAAUGCAGCACUAAAGACUUUUGUUGCUGUUGUGAAAAAUGUUCAUGUUUCAAAUUGUAAAAAGUUAAUGUAAGUGCAUGUCGUGUUUAUGGACUGGGGUUGAGUCCCAGCUGAUGCUAACCUUACAGCUUCCUUUUCAUGACGUACUGCUGGCAGGACGUCAGCUCCUAUGCCUGCAUCAUGCUUAAUGCUCCAUAAGUGCUUUGAGGGUUGAUUACCUGUGUGUGUGUGUGUGUGUGUGUGUGUGUGUGUGUGUGUGUGUGUGUGUGUGUGUGUGUGUGUCUGACUGUUAAUGUGUGUUGUGUCUGGUGGAUGCUGCUUCUAAAACAUUCAAUAUAUUGAUUGCCUUGAAAUGCUUCUACAUAUGAAACAUGCAUUAAAAACACAUAUAUUUUUAUUAUGAAAGGCAGCAUCAAACUCAUAAAGGACUUAACCAUAGUAAUCACAUUAUAUAUACAGACCAUUUGCACAUUCCUGCUGCAGAAUCCGUCCUAUCAUUUCUACCAUGGCAAGCUAUAAUUUUAUAUAAAUAUAUAUAAAUAAUGUGUAGAACAGUAAAAUUAACUAUGUAAAGUAUUAUUUCUGAAGUAAUGUCUAGAUAUCAUAUCCACUAUGACUAUAAAAUGAUUGUGUCUUGACCUGUGUCUUUUACAACAUGCUGCUUCAAGAAGCAUUUAAUUAAUUUUUUACAAGUAGUCAACUAAAAUAUCUUAGGUUUGUGAUACUCAUUGUUUUUAUAAAAAAAUACUAUGACUAGAGACAACUGUAUCAAAAUAUUAAACAGUCAGUAUUUUUAUAAUUUCUCUUUUGUACAAAAAGAAUAUUAUUAUAUAAAGUCUUUUGUAGAAUGAAAAAAAAACUUCCAGAUUUAUGUCUGCAACAUUUGGCUGUACAAUAUGUGCUUUUAAAAUAAAAGCCCAUAAUAAAACAAAGUGGUGUAUUUUGAGCA